UUAUCCAGCUCAUAGCAAGAUUAUACUUCCAAAUUACAGAGUUCUGCUCUAACUUACCUAAAAUACUAUGAUAUAGGACAUGCUUUUUAAGCAAGUUGGUUUUUAAAACUGUUUUCCUUCGUUGCAGAUUUUCAGUCAGUGAUAAAUAGUUUUUUUUUGUUACUAUGUACGUGUAAUAAUAAACAAUGAAUAAUAUUAUAGCAUUAAGUUUGUUCUGUGUAGCUUUGGUAUCAUGUAUUGAACAUGAUUUGAAGGGAUUUGACGAUUCAAUACUCUUCGCUAUUAAUUGGCCGGGAUCUCCUGAAAACUUGGAAAAUUUGGUAGAAAGUGACACUACACACUCGCAACCACAGAAAAAGGAAGUCCUGAAAGUGACAACCACAAAUAAAGAGAAAUAUGAAUGUCACAUUCCUGAGCUACACCCUACGAAGACAUCAAGCCCUGAGGAAUAUGUUGGAGGCUCACCACUCAACCUUCUGAAGCCAUUGUUUGGCCAGAAGAUCUGUUCAUUCAGAUUGGAGAGUUACUGGAGCUAUGAAGUGUGUCAUGGAUCUCAUAUUAGGCAGUAUCAUGAUGAAAGAGAUGGAAAGCAGGUGAAGACCCAACAGUAUUACCUCGGUCAUUGGAAUACUCAAAGACAGACGAAGUUAGAAGAAGAAAUCAAUGCGGCUUUAGAAAAGAAGGAACCAUUCAAAACUACUAAGGUAGAGGGCCUCUCUCUUCCGUAUGUGGAGAUGGUGUUUGGGGAAGGUACAAUAUGUGAUCUGAGCGGAAAGCCCCGUGUCACAAGAGUUUUGUAUGUGUGCUAUGCUCACGGCAAGCAUGAAGUAUACUCGUUCAAGGAAACAUCCACGUGCGAGUACGAGAUAGUUAUUCUGUCUCCACUUCUCUGUGAACACCCUCAGUUCAAACCUAAUGAAGUGACCGAGAAUACUAUCGACUGUUUCUCCCUCGGAGAUGCUCCAAAGAAACCACGAAAUCUUCUCAAAAUGGAAGUCGACAGUUUGAGAUUUCAACAUCAGUCAAUAAGGCUUAUGAAUACUGAUAAUGAGCCCGAAGUUAUGGCUGUAUUGAAAGUUGAAAAAGUUGAGAAGGACGGGGAGACCCACCUGAAGUUCGAGCUGCAGCCGCUGGCGCCGGAGCCCGCGCCCGCGCUCCGCGACGACUCCCCCGUGCGGGCCUUCUUGAACGGGGAGAACUGCUUGAACGGGGGCACGGGCUGGUGGAAGUACGAGUUCUGUUACGGCAAGCGCGUGACGCAGUACCACGUGGACCGCUCGGGGGGGAGGAGCUCCGUGCUGCUCGGGGAGUUCCACGAGGAGCGCCAUCUCCGCUGGCUGCGGGACAACAGGGGGAAGGCGCCCAAGCCCGUCGAAUACCGCACGUCAGUGUCCCACCUGUACUCGGGCGGGGACAUGUGCGACAAGACGGGGCAGCCGCGACAGACGGAGGUGAAGCUGAAGUGCCUCGAGAACGCGUCCAGCACCGCGCAGGUGUCGCUGUACCUGCUCGAGCCACGCACCUGCCACUACAUCCUCGGAGUGGAAUCCCCACUGAUAUGCGACAUCCUGCCAUUGGCGGACGAGAACGGUUUGAUCCGCAGCGCUCCGCCCGCGCCGCCGCGUGCGCCUGACGCCGGCAAUGAUUGAGAAAUAUAUUUAUAAGUUAU